AUGGUGGUGCCUUACUUCCAGGAGUGCCUGCUCAUGAGGGCGGCCGCCCAAGUGCUGAACCUUCCCCUGGAAUGCACUUCCACGGCCCUGACCUUCGCCCACAAGUUCUACGCCGCCGCGCCGCAGGCCGCCUCCCGUGAGGACCUCGUCCCGGCGGCCUGCCUCUUCUGCGCUGCCAAGGUGGAAGAGGCUCCCCUCCGAACCACAGAUCUCCUGAAUGCUCUUGCUUACCUCAAAGGCGCUUCAGGACGCCACCCCACUGUGAGGGCUGCGAUGCCCUGGCUCCCUGCGCUGCCUGCUGAGCCCUGUCCCUGGUUGGUGGGCCGCCGGUACUACGAUGCCAAGUUGUGCCUGCUGCAUGCUGAGCAACUCAUCCUGCGCCACAUGCAUUUCCAGGUGGUGGGCAGCCACCCGCACAAAUUCCUGCUCAGCUUCUGCGCAGCGAUGGGUGCUUCUGACAGAGUGGCGGCACUGGGCGUUGCACUUCUCAACGACUGCAUGGUGUAUACUGACCUGGUUGCGCGGCUGACACCUGAACAGGUCGCUGGCGGGGCACUGCACCUAGCCCUUGAGUGGGCAGAGGAGUCAAGUGGGGGAAGGUCUUUGCGGUGGCUGCGGGAGAUAGGUUUGGACGAUGCAUCAGUGGAGGCUGUGGGGCACUGCCUGCUUGACAUGGUCGUGGAGGUGAGGUCCAGAGAGGGGCAGCUGGAAGCCACAAAUCGAGGUGUGGAAGUGGAUUGA